AUGAAUGGAAUUACCUUGAAUCAACAAAGGUCGCCAUGGACACCGAUUGUGACGGCUGAGGACAAGACGACGCGCCACAGGGAACAGCCGUUAAUGGACUCAUCUGGGGAAGAAGCUCGUAUUCAAAGCCUACGUAUCGAAGUUGAGGACGUCGAUGAACCACCAGCGUUUGUCAAUGGACCGGUACCUUUCCUUACCGUUGUACCGCUGGAGACUCCCGUUGGAUUUCAUGUUUACAAAUUUGUUGCUCGUGAUGAAGGAGGAGACGGUGACGAUGACGUUGACGUCUGGGAUGUUUACGGUGGACACAAGCACAGGGGUGGUUCGCACUGCUGUACGGCAGUACAAAGAAGGACAACCUAUCGAGUACUUGUUCAAGCAGUUGAUAAGACCCCGUCGGACAACGCUACGCAGCAGGUAUCUGAAGUGGCAAAAUUGGAAAUCCUUGCCGGCGAUCGUCCACCGCAGUUUCUUCAGCAGCACUAUACGGUUUCCUUACCCGAGGACGUCGUCAAUGUGGUAGACGUGCGAGCUCAUCGCUUUCGAGCCAUAGACGAUCGGCGCUCAAAAGGAGAGCUCACCUACUCGGUUUGGAGUCAGCAUGGUGGUCAACGAGAAGCGACGUCUGUGUUUGGCAUCGAUCCAAAAACUGGUGUCAUCCAUCUGAGACGCUUAUUGGAUUACGACGAUCCAUCUCAGCCAAAACUACACAAACUCAUCGUCGUUGCCAACGAAGAUGACAAAGAAUCGAGUGUAACGCGGUGGACCCGACCGCUCUAUACUACUCAGGUCCGAGAGGACUUUGACAUCGGAAAGCCAAUCCUUACAGUUCGAACUGAAGACAAGGAUUCUGGCGACAACGCUAGAGUGAAAUAUUCGGUCGACAACGGCAACUUUACGGUCAACGAUCUAGGAGAGAUCUCUGCUAAGAUCAAUUCAAAGAGCGCUUCUUCAUCUAUCGUUUCAAUGUCACAGCUACAGACUUCGGAACACCGCCACUUAGUUCGAACGCAACGGUACACAUUCGUACAAGAAAACACCAACGAUGAGGCUCCUGUGUUUUUCCCGACUCGGCAUUAUACUGCCUAUGUGGCCGAAGAUGCCCAAGGAGGAACGCCGGUCGUUCAAAUUCAG